CGCUCUUUAAAUGAACUUGAGAAGUGGAAAGCAACAGAGUUUUGAUUCUUCCUACUUUAUGCUGGACCUGUUGUUUUAAAAGGAAAAAUAAAUAAAACUAACUAUGACUUGUUUAUUUUGCUUUCAAUUGCUAUGCACAUACUGCUUUCCAAUAAAAUGGUAAAAAAUGAGUUGUUGGUGGCAUACGCUAAACAAUUACUUACAUGGUUUGUUAGAGAAGUACAAAUUUUGUAUGGGGAGACCUUUGUGACAUAUAAUGUUCAUACCAUGAUUCAUUUAGCUGAUGAUUGUAUUAACUUUGGGGAGAGUCUUGAUCAUCUGUCAGCUUUUCCUUUUAAAAACUUUUUGGGUCGAAUUAAAAGAAUAGUGCAAAAGUCACAUCAGACUGUUGCCCAAAUAGUGAAACAACUAGAUGAGAGAAAAAAAUUAGAUAUUUUUCUUAAAGAAAGAAACGGUAAAGAAAUCCCUGUCAGAGUUGUGAAUAAUAAAAUCACAUCAAAUCUGCGAGACAGAGUCUAUUUCAUUCAAGACAAAGGGUUUAUUUUAGUAGAAGAGGUUUUGGUAGACCUUGUAAAAUGCAAGGCAUUAAAUCCUCAUUCAGUUAGCAAUUUUUUUCCUGAAUAUUUUGAAACAUCAAAUUUAGAUGUUGGUUAUGUAAAUUCAUUAGCUAACUUGAAAACAACAUUUAUAAAAAAAAAUGAACUUUUGACCAAAGGAUUGAUGAUACCUGUUCAAAAAGGUGGUUAUGCUUUUUUUCGGCUGAGACAUUGUGAUAUUGCCUAUAAUGACUGAAUUUUAAAUUAAAAAUAGAAUUUUUGCUAUACUUCCAGACCACAUUUUGUUACGAAUGUCUGUGCAUGUGUCUUUUUUUUUUAAUGUUCUAUUAUAAAUUGAUAUAAAUGUGACAUAUUUACUUUAUUGAAUAAUUUUAAUGUGAGUUUAAUACAUUAUAGUUUAUAAAUUUUUUAUGUAUUUUUUAAAGAAAUAUUGAAAUAUUUUAGCUUGUUUUAUGUCUUAAUAAUGCAUUGUGUAUUGAUGUUAACUAAUGUAAUUUUUUUUUUUGUAAUUUGCAUUAAUUUUUUGAUAUAUAAGAUUGUUUAGACUUAAAUAGUACCUGACUAUUGAAAUGUCAUUUGCCAUUGUCAAAUUUUUAAAUGGAAGUAUCAAAGAAGUGGAACUAGUAGCUAAAAGUUGGAUGAAUAAUGAUGGUAAAUGCUUCUGGCCGCCAUUUAAAAGUUCCUCUGCAAUUCACAAGGCUGUCACUAGCUUGCAGGCACUAACAUCUGAUUGGCAGAUAUACCCUGCUAGGAUUCUAUACACUACAGAUUUUUAUGAAGAAGCUCGGUCGCGCUUGGAAAAAGCAGCAGAUACGUCAAAUAUUGAGACAGACACUGAAGAGAAAAGAGGAAUAAAG